AUGGAGAAAUACGAGUUGGUAGAAGAGAAUAUAGGCGAUGGGAGAGUUGCAGUGGUGAAACUUAUGCGUCACAGAGAAACCAAAGAACACGUUGCUGUCAAAUUCAUGGAACGGGGACAUAAGAUUCAUGAAAUGGUGGCAAGGGAAAUCAUAAACCAUAGAUCUCUUCGUCAUCCCAAUAUUGUUAAGUUCAAAGAGGUAGCUCUGACUCCAACACAUCUUGCAAUAGUUAUGGAGUAUGCAGCUGGUGGAGAAUUGUUUUACCAUGUUCUUCACCAAAGAAGAAUCGCAGAAGAUCAAGCUCGAUAUUUCUUCCAGCAGUUGAUCGCAGGAGUUAGUUAUUGUCAUGACAUGGAAAUAUGUCAUCGAGACUUGAAGUUGGAGAAUACCUUGUUGGAUGGAAGUCCAGCACAUCGUCUUAAAAUUUGUGAUUUUGGCUAUUCUAAGUCAUGUCUAAAUUAUUCGAGGACUCAUUCAAUGGUAGGAACUCCAGCCUAUAUUGCACCAGAGAUAAUUUCUGGGAAAGAUUAUGAUGGAAAGUUGGCAGAUGUAUGGUCCUGCGGAGUAAUGCUUUAUACAAUGCUUGUAGGAACAUUGCCAUUUGAGGACAAAAAUGAUCGUCAAAAUCUCCGAAAAAUGGUUCAGCGAAUUUCGGCUGUUCAAUACGAGUUCCCCCACAAUGUUUUAAGUGAAGGCAGUAAAAAUCUGAUAUCUCGUAUUUUUGUGGCAAAUCCAUCAAAGAGAAUCACCAUGGAAGAAAUCAAGUCACAUCCAUGGUUUUUGAAGAACUUGCCUAUGGAGUUAUCAGAAGAUGCUCACUAUUUCUACCUCAAUGAAGAAAAUACAAAAUAUUGUGUUCAAAGUAUAGAAGAAAUCAUGAACAUUGUCAACGAAGCAAAAACCCCACCUGUUGCUUCCAGUCCAAAUCUAUAA